GAAAAAGAUUUUACCCGCCACACGUGCAAGCAGAAAAUCGUGACAAGUUCCUACACUUGAAGCAGGGGGAAAUGACGGUGCAAGAGUAUCACAGUCAAUUUGUCACACUAGCAGAAUUUGCAACAUCACUUGUGCCCGAUGAGGAGAGUAAGAUCGAGAAGUUCAUCGGAGGACUGAUGUGACACCGCACCCGAACGUCCUUGAAAAUUCGAUUUAAAAAUUCAAAAGUGAUGUAUUGAAUUUCCAAUUUCAAAACAAUGGGAGAAACGAUUAAUAUUUUACGAAGUACAUGAUUGAAUAUUGUAUUGUUCAAACCCGCAUUCUUUUGUAAUUUUCAUCGUGUAAAUUAUUGGGAUGAGCCUACACAUAUUGGAGAUCAAUAAUGUGAUUUAGGAAGUUGACUUGUUCUAAAUAAAUUAGGAUGAGUACAAAAAGACAUCUUUGACAAAGAUAAAACAAUAGGACCCAUCUUCCCAUUUUUGGAAGUAUUGGUAGAUAUUUUGGACCCCAAAUUUAAUGGGAUCAAUUGGGAACCACUCCACAUGGUAUUAGUACCUGCAAAACAAAUAAAAAUGGGUUAGGAGACUUACCUUGGCCGGCCAUUAUGGAGAAGAGCUGCACAUGACCUGAUAAGAAUCAAAGUUUGGGGCCACCACUCUUAUUUUCGCACAAAUUGGUGUGCUGUUUGUCUCCUCUCAUUAUAGGAGCUAUCCUCAACCAAAUAACGUGUAUGAGGUGUCCUUGGAUAGCCUUUGAAGUCUAUUAUCUCAAUUGAGUGGUCUUUGUUCGAGGAGAGAAGGCUUAUCUUGCAAAAAUCGAGCUGGAACGAGCAAAGGUCUGUGAACUCGAGCUGUGAGAGUGCUGAGACUGUUUGGUCGAUAUCUCGAGUUUUACAAGUCCAAUUAAGGCGUGUGAGAUACCCACAGAAAGCUCUCAAGACGAGGAAUCCGUGAAGGUCUGGUUUGCAGGAAUCGGAGUUGUGGAAGGCUUCCAAAUCGUCCGAGCAAAACACAACCUCGCAGGAGAGGAUUUAAUCUUCUAAAGAAUCGAGUUAGCCGGAAAACACCCGUUCUAGGGGCUGUUUUCGUAUCAACGAUUAAGGGUUGAACUAGCACUUUGAGGAGGCUGUUUAACACUCAUAUUUGAGCAAGGAAUCAGUCCCAAAUCCACCUUGACCAAAGAUUUGACCAUUGGACCAAGAAGGGAAAGUUUAAAGCUCAAUUGAGGUUGAGACUAGAGCUUGCUUCCUGUGCUCGUUGAUCGAGUGAUUCCUUGGAGAGAAGACUUGGUUCGUGCUUCCUCCAUUCUGUUUUUAAAUAAUAUUAAACUUGCUCAUGGAUAUUUUACUUUAGAGCCUGCGUGCUCAUGUUUGCCCUGUGUGGCCCUUUUGUUUUAAACAAUGUUUUCCGCUGCGUAUUCAAUUGUUUAUUAUGUAUGUUUAUGGAUGACUUAUGUGUGAAUGAUAUUCAUGACGCCUUGUAUAAUAUGAAUGUGUUGGACUGCGGUUGACUAUUCGUAUUGUACGGCGGGUUGUUGACGUGUCCGGGGAGGUCCGGGGCGUGACAACUGAACUAUGACACACAGAAGAUGAUGACUGUGCAAGAAUGGCAAACGUUGGAUGAUGCCUAUUACAAAGCUGCGAAGCAUUAUCGGGUAAUACAACUCCAGCGAGAAGCCCACAAGAAAAUCCGGAAGAACGAGGAGGAGAAUAAGGCAAGGGAGAAGAGGCUCAAAACUCAUCAGCAGGAACAACAACCCACGUGGAGGAGAGAGAAUCGUCCACAAGAUGGAAGGAGAUUCCCCGGGCAGGGUCCGAGGCAAGAUCAACGAUAUGUGCCAAGAGACAGGCACUACCAUUGCAAGUUGUGCCAACGAGAUCACCCUGGUGUUGACUGUGAUGGAAAAGUGGUGAGCUGUUUCACUUGCGAAAAAAGGGGACAUCGGGCAUUCGAAUGCCUAAACAAAGAAAAGGCUGGUCAUCAAAACCAGGGACCUAACCGUGGAGGCGGUAAUCAAGGUGGGAACAGGCAAGGAGCUGAAAACCAGGGCAACAACAACCCGGGAAAUCAAGCACAAAACAUCAAUCGGGGCCAGAAUCAGAACCAAGGAGGGGGCAACAACAAAAACAACAACGCUCCCAAUCAGGGCCGGAUUUAUGUAAUGAAUCAGGCUCAGGCCCGCGCACAUGAUGUGGUUUCAGGUAUCAUUCAUGUUAAUACCACUCCUGCUUACGUUCUAUUUGAUUCUGGUGCUUCUCACAGUUUUAUCUCUUCUAAAUUCGUUGAGAAGUUAAAGAUAGAACCUGCAGCUAACAUAGAGUUGAAUGUGAAAACAGCAAACAAUAGUGUUGUAGCCUGUAGAAAUGUAUACAUAAAUGUACCCAUAGUUAUAGCCGACGUCAGCCUACCUGGGGAUUUGGUGCAAUUCAACCUCGAAGACAUUGACGUGGUGCUGGGCAUGGAUUGGCUUGGGAGAUACAAGGCGAAGAUCUUAUGCAAUGAGCAGAAGGUGGCCAUGAAGAGCCCAUGUGGGAAGCGGGUAUCUUUCAAGGCAAUGGUGGACAAACCCGGAGCCAAGUUGAUGACAUUGCGGCAGAUGAGGAAGUACAUCCGGAAGGGAUGCGAGGCAUACCUAUGCAUGAUGAGAGACAACCAUGAAGAAGAGCAGACAAUUGAUCAAAUUCCGGUGGUCAAUGAAUUUCCUGAUGUGUUUCCGGAAGAGAUUCCGGGGAUGCCUCCGGAGAGGGAAGUUGAAUUCUCCAUUGACUUAAUGCUUGGGACUACACCAAUCUCCAAGGCACCAUACAGGAUGGCUCCGAAGGAGAUGCAAGAAUUGAAAGAGCAACUCGAAGAACUACUCGAGAAAGGCUACAUCAGGCCGAGUGUCUCACCAUGGGGCGCUCCGGUUCUGUUUGUCAAGAAGAAAGACGGUAGCUUGAGGUUAUGUAUUGACUACCGAGAGCUGAACAGUGUUACUAUCAAGAACCGAUAUCCUUUACCCCGCAUCGACGACCUGUUCGAUCAACUGAAGGGUGCGGGCAUAUUUUCCAAGAUUGACCUUCGAUCCGGCUACCACCAAGUUAGGAUAGCGGAGAAGGAUAUACCAAAGACCGCAUUUCGUACAAGGUAUGGGCACUAUGAGUUCACUGUGAUGCCGUUUGGUUUAACCAACGCACCAGCGGUGUUCAUGGAUCUAAUGAACCGUGUAUUCCGCCCAUUUCUUGAUACAUUUGUGGUGGUAUUCAUUGACGAUAUCUUGGUGUACUCGAAGAACAAGAAGGAUCAUGAAGAACAUCUUAGGGUUGUUUUACAAACUUUGAGAGAGCAUCAACUUUAUGCCAAGCUUUCCAAGUGUGACUUUUGGAAAGACCGAGUAGCAUUUCUGGGUCACAUCAUCACUCGAGACGGAGUGUCUGUGGACCCAUCAAAGAUCGAAGCAGUAACCGAGUGGCGAGCACCUACCACUGUCACCGAAGUGCGGAGUUUUCUUGGGUUAGCAGGCUAUUAUCGGAGAUUUGUCAAAGAUUUCUCCAAGAUAGCUAGACCGUUAACCAAUCUGAUGAAGAAAACCACAAAGUUCCAUUGGACGGAUAAUUGUGAGAGAGCCUUUGAGGAGCUUAAGAAAAGACUGACAACUGCACCAGUACUAACACUUCCUUCGGGAACUGAUGGAUUUGAAAUCUAUUGCGAUGCAUCCAAGAAUGGACUGGGCUGCGUGCUGAUGCAAAAUGGGAAGGUAGUAGCUUAUGCAUCCCGACAACUAAGGGUGCAUGAGGUUAACUACCCAACCCACGACCUCGAGUUAGCAGCAGUAAUGUUUGCUUUGAAGAUAUGGAGACACUACUUGUACGGACCACCGUGCAAGAUAUACACCGAUCACAAAAGCCGUAAGUACAUUUUCACCCAAAAAGAGCUCAAUAUGCGACAACGGAGGUGGCUAGAGCUAGUCAAAGACUAUGAUCUUGAAAUUCAGUACCAUGAAGGGAAAGCCAAUGUUGUAGCAGAUGCCUUAAGCAGGAAGGCGGAACAUAGCAGCAGAGCAAUGUGGAUACUUCCAGAAGAGCUGUUCCGGGAAUUCCAACGACUAGACUUGGAGGUGAAGGAGUGCGAUGAAGUGGAGAAUGAAAUCCGGUUAUACGCAAUGACCAUUUUACCCUCUAUCUUCGAUGAAAUCAAAGCUGGUCAACCGGGAGAUGUGAAGCUUGAACGAGUCAAGGCCGGGAUGAAGAAUGGGAUCAACGGACCAUUUCAGCUGCAUGAAGACGGGAGUAUCCGCUAUAAGGGUAGGUGGUGUGUUCCGGUGAAAUGUGAGCACAUUAAAAAGCAAAUCAUGGAAGAAGGACACAACACACCCUAUUCGGUACACCCGGGAGGAGACAAAUUGUAUAAAGAUCUUAAGCAAAACUUCUGGUGGCCAAGAAUGAAGAAUGAGGUGGCAGAGUUCGUGGCUCGAUGCUUAAACUGUCAAAAAGUGAAAGCUGAGAGAUGCAAACCCAAGGGACUUGUGCAACCCUUGGAGGUACCAACGUGGAAGUGGGACUCAAUCUCGAUGGACUUUGUCGGGGGAUUACCUUUAACAAAGUCCAGGAAGGAUAAGAUUUGGGUUAUUGUUGAUAGACUGACCAAGACCGCUAGGUUCAUUCCCAUGAAUGAAACUUGGAGCAUGGAUAAGCUGGCGAAAGCAUACAUCAGGCAUGUGGUCAAGUAUCACGGUGUACCCCGAGAUAUUGUAUCUGAUAGAGAUUCACGAUUCUUAUCCCAAUUCUGGAAGGAAUUACAAACGGCUAUGGGAACAAAAUUGAAGUUAAGUACCGCUUUCCAUCCAACCACGGACGGACAGACCGAAAGAACAAUCCAAACAUUGGAAGACAUGUUGAGGGCAUGUGUUCUUGACUUGCAAGGAUCAUGGGAUGAACACCUAGACUUGAUAGAGUUUUCGUACAAUAACAGUUACCAUACUAGCAUCGGAAUGGCCCCGUACGAAGCUCUAUACGGUCAAAAGUGUAGAAGUCCCUUAUGUUGGGGUGACAUGGUCGAUCGGGUGGUUCUAGGACCACAAUACUUGCAAGAUACUAUUGAGAAAAUCAAAGUCAUCCAAGAAAGGAUGAAGGCUGCCCAAGACCGACAGAAAUCAUAUGCCGAUCUUGGGAGAAAACCAGCUGAAUUCGAAUUGGGGGAGAAAGUUUUACUUAAAGUCUCUCCUACAAGGGGCGUAAUGAGAUUCGGGAAGAAAGGGAAACUAAGCCCGAGAUUCAUCGGACCCUACGACAUCCUAGAGAAGGUGGGAAGAACGGCAUAUCGAUUAGCUCUACCCACGGAGUUGGAUAAGGUAACAACCGAUUUGACAUCAAAUGCUUCUCUACAAUUAGAAUACAUUCUUAACAUAAUGAUAUAUGCUAGGUACACAACGUUUUCCAUAUUUCACAAUUGAAGAAGUAUGUUCACGACGAAUCACAUAUCCUUAACCCUGAGGUACAAAUUGUAACCUUACAAUAUUCAAAAUCAAAUUCAACAUGUCUAACUUCGACUCAUUAGGUGGUCGAAUUGGACGAAACAUUGACUUAUGAGGAAAGGCCUAUUCAGAUCCUUGACACCAAAACUCGUGAGACUAGGAAGAAGACUAUUAAGAUGGUUAAGGUAUUGUGGUCUAAUCAUUUGGCCAAAAACGCCACUUGGGAGACCGAAGAUGACAUGCAAAAACGAUAUCCGGAGUUAUUUGACUAAGGUAAUGUUUUGGUUACGGGGACAUAACCUAAUUUUAGAAGGGAAGAAUGUAAUACCUCUUAAUUUUAUUUGAGGGAUAUUCUAUUUAUUAGCUUAUGCUUCGGGACGAAGCAUCUUUUAAGGAGAGUAGAAUGUGACACUCCGUAAAUUUAAUAAAAAAAAAAUAUUUAAUACAAAGUAAGAUGUGGUAUCUGUUAAAUGUAUUUGUGGAUAUAUUUUUCCUAGCUUAUGUUUCGGGACGAAACAUCUUUUAAGGAGGGUAGAAUGUGAUACCCUGAAAAAUUUAAACAAAAAUAAAUUAAAUAAAUAAAUAAAUAAAUAAAAAGGUAAAAUAAAAGAAAAGAGAAAAAAAAAUAUUAGAUAAAAUAUACAUGACAAAGUGAAUAAAAAUAAAUUAAAGUGUUACAAGUGACACUUUUGUAACAAGUGAUAAGUACACAUAUGACAAAUAAUAAAAGUAACAUUUUAACAAUUUUAAUUUAAAGAUAUUAAUAAUAACAUAUACAAAAUAUACAAAAGUGUUAAAGGAGUUGACUUGUCAACAACCCCAAUAUAUAUAGAUAUACAUAGACGUGCAUAACAAUAAGCCCUAUAAAAG